GUCUUAAACGGGUAUGUUUACUUGUUGACACCAAAUGGGGUAUGAAGCCAAGAGACCAGGAACUUAGUAAUCUGAUGGAGAGGUAACUAUUGCUGUAGCUCUUAAUCUCUGUUUAUGUCAUGUAGGUAAGUGUCUUUACAGGCUAAAACUGAAGUGCAGAUCAAAUACAAAGCAUCAGACUGAAUGGCUCGAUGAAAAUUCCGACUAAAUUAGUGAAAAGUAUCAGCAAACCACUUUGGGUUUUUAAUUAGUGAUGAUGUGACGAUUAGCCAUCUAAAGGUGGUAUUAUGUGAUACUAUUAAAAUUCUUGAGAUAACUUUAGGUAGUGGCCUACCUGCUUUGGCACUUCUUCAACAGCACCCUUUGAAUUUUUCUUUCCUCCUUUUCCAUCAUUUUUUUUAUUUGGUCUUUUCUUUCUUUCCCUCCUCACCUCUCUCUCUCUCUUCUUUCUUUGUCAACUUCUGUUUCUUUCUCUCUCCUCAUUGCCUUCAAGCAAACUAAGAGAGGAAGGAAGGAAGAAGCAAGAAAGAGAUGUGUCCGUUAAGGCUGAUCCUCAUAUUCUUGUCGGCGACUCUUGCUGGCUUCUUUGUCCUCAAGAAGCUCAACAAUUCCUACGACGAUCCUCUCGCCGACCCUCUCACCGACGACGCUGAUCCCGCCGACUCCGACUCUGACUCCAGAUUCUCAAAGGUGGGAAAGGCAAUGAAGACUGGAUUUUGGACAUGCGUUGACAUGGCAAGUGGCCGCUAUCUCUGGAACCAUCUCUGUUCCAAUUCCGACAGCUCUUCCUGAGUUUUCUUACUCUCUCUUAAUCUCCAUUUGUCUGUAAUUUGUCUAAUUGUUUCAAUGGACAACACCAAAACAGCAUAUUGUCUCUGUACUUUAUUACAGAUCUAGUUUUCACCACUAAAUGUCAAUAAAAGUCUUUGAGUCUUUUUCUCCCUUUCUACCUCUCUUGGUAGCUUAAAUCUUCAGUGAACCAAGCAGUGUAUGGUCAAGCUUUUGUACCUCUGGAAAUGACUUUUAUUAUAUUCA